GGAUCGGGGGGAACCCGCUGGGGUGUCCCAGCGGCGGGGCGGGGCAGGGCGGGAGGGGAAGCCUCCCCCCAUCCCGGGGGCCAGAUGACGGGAGGCGGCGGGGCCGGGCCGGGCUCUCACCGCCUACAAAUGCGGCUCCCCCGGCGGCCGCCCCCGCCGCCCCCCGCCAUGGCCGCGCCGCGCCGGCUCCUGGCCCCGCUGCUGCUGCUGCUGCUGCUGCUCGGGCUCGUCCUGGCCGCCCCCGGGCCGCUGCGGAGGGCGCCGGACGGGAAGGAUGCCCAGGGCGGCCUCACCCGAAGGCUGGUGCGGCCGCGGGGUGCACGGCGUGGGACCGGCCCGCGGCCCGGGGGCUGGCGGAGGUCCCGGCGGCCCCGGCCCCGGCUCUCCCACAAGGGGCCCAUGCCAUUCUGAGCCAGGGGUGCCACCAGCCUUCCACGGACUCGCUUCCAUUGCUCGCGCCCCGUUCUCGCCCCAUCUGCUCAUCCUCCGGCCCUGAGCCUGGGGUCCCCCCUGUAAGGCUUCGGCCGGCCCCGCCUUCUCCCGGCAGUCGUCCCCAGUGCCAUGUCUGGCACUGUGGCCUCUCCUCACUGCCUCGCAGGGCCGGCUGGAUGGGGGCUGCCCGCAGAGGGGCCAGGGUUGCCACGAUGCCCUGAUGUGCAUGGAAUGACUGGCUCGGGCAUCGGCCCGCUGGGACCACGGGCUUUGUGCAAAGCACUUUGUCAGGCAGAGCAGCUUCUCCUAGGGGUCUGUGAGCUCCCUCGGGGUCCUGCCCCAGCCCUGUCUGUCACCCUCACGCUAGAGGGAGCACACAGCUUGUCCUGGGUCUAUUUAUUCCCAUGGUGCUCACCCCACACCCUGAGUGAGUUGCCUUCCCUUUCCCGCUGGCAGACCCACCUCGUGGUGGAGUGGGGUGCCCACCCAGGACACACUGUGGGGCCCUGGGCCCCUCUGCUUCAUGCCAUGGGACAGCAGGAAUGGGGGGCACUGGGGUCUCCGUCAAGCUCUGCCAUGCACCAAAGGAGGGGCCCUGGCUCUGAGCUGGGCCCUGCUGAUUGUCUUCUGUGUCUGUAAAGAUUUAUUCCAUGUAAAUACAUCUUUAUAAUAAAGAGUUAUGAUUAUUAACUC